AUGCUAAGAUCACAAUUAGGCAGAGGAUCUCGGAUCCUUGCCAAGAUAACAACUACGCCAAGAACAUACUCAUCUGCGUCCGCGGUGGGCGCAACAGCAAAUGCAGGACAGAUCAUCAAGACGUUUUUUAAUAGAGACUCGACCACGGUCACUUUCUCCAUGGAGGAGUCCGACAAACCAGUUUCCGUUUGCUUCAACAACGUCUUUCUUAGGGAUGCAUCGCACGGUGCUAAUUUGGUCACUACGGGGGAACUUUACCAUAACGAGAAAUUGACUGCUCCACAGGACAUCCAGAUCUCCCAGGACGGGAAAUCUCUGGCCGUGAAGUGGCAAGAUGGCGGCGUUCAUCAGUUCCCCCUGCAAUUCUUCCUUGAUUAUAAAGGUUCCAGUUUCGUAUCUCCGGCAACAAGAAAGCAAGAAUCUAGAUUUCAGUCGCAGCUAUGGAACAAGGAGAUCUUGAAAUCUAACAUCAAGGACUUGCUAUCUGUAAACUACAAUGAGUUUAUCGACGCCAAGGACGACUCGAAGCUUUUCCAAACGCUGGUCAAUCUUCAAAAAUUCGGUAUCACUUUCAUCUCCGGUACGCCCUCUUCCUCCUCUGAAGGUCUAACCAUCCAGAAGAUCUGUGAAAGGAUCGGGCCCAUAAGGUCGACCGUCCACGGUGAAGGAACGUUUGACGUGAAUGCCUCGCAGACGACGAGCGUCAACGCACAUUAUGCCAACAAAGACCUGCCAUUGCAUACGGAUUUGCCGUUUUUGGAAAACGUGCCAGGUUUCCAAAUCUUACAGUCCUUACCCACCAGUCAGGGAGAAGAUCCCAGUACUAGACCCAUGAACUAUUUCGUGGACGCCUUUUAUGCUACACGUAACGUUAGAGAGUCAGACUUUGAAGCCUACGAAGCUUUGCAAAUCGUUCCCGUAAAUUACAUUUAUGAAAAUGGAGAUAAAAGGUACUACCAGUCCAAACCUUUGAUCGAGCAUUAUGACAGUAACGAACAAAACACUUUGCUAAGCAAUUACGAGACUUUAAUCAAAUGCAUCAACUACUCUCCGCCAUAUCAAGCACCUUUCACUUUUGGUAUUUACGACAAACCAUCAGAUUUGAACAACAAUCCGGAUCUGAAUCUAAUAACUACGCCAGCAAAGCUCACAGAGAGAUUUUUAUUUAAAUCCUUCAUUAGAGGGUUGAAUGUCUUCGAAAAUCAUAUCAAUGACUUCAACAAUCAAUUCAGAUUGCAGUUGCCCGAAAAUUGCUGUGUCAUAUUUAACAACAGGAGAAUUUUGCAUGCCAACUCUUUGACAAGUUCGAACCAAAAAUGGUUGAAAGGUUGUUAUUUCGAUUCGGACACUUUCAAGAGUAAACUAAAAUUCUUGGAAGAGAAAUUCCCUCAUGUUAAAUAA